UACUCUGUGCAGCAGCAGACAGACACAAUAAUUCAACUGUUGCCUCUGUUAUACAAUCACUUCCAUCCUACACUUGAGAUUGUAAUUUGAUUUGUUAUAUUUUUAUUUUAUAUUUUAGUUACACAAUUACGGAUUCGCGAUGGUAGUGCCCCAAAAAUCAUCCACUAUUAUUUUCUUUGUCAAUGGGAAGAAGGUUGAAGAUGAUAAUGUAGAUCCAGAAUGGACAUUACUUCAUUACCUACGCACCAAAUUGCAGCUGACAGGUACCAAGCUAGGAUGUGCUGAGGGAGGUUGUGGAGCCUGUACUGUCAUGGUGUCCAAGUACGACCGGACAUCAAAUAGACUGGUGCACAUGUCAGUAAAUGCAUGUUUGGCGCACGUGUGCUCCAUGCAUGGACUGUCUGUCACCACAGUGGAAGGGAUAGGCAGCACACGCUCUAGGAUACAUCCUGUACAGGAACGUAUCGCCAAGGCCCAUGGCUCCCAGUGUGGGUUCUGCACUCCUGGCAUUGUCAUGUCCAUGUACUCUCUCCUGCGCAGUCUACCAGGGAAACCUACCAUGGCAGACCUUGAGACAGCUUUUCAAGGUAACCUUUGCCGCUGCACGGGUUACCGUCCAAUCAUUGAAGGAUACAAGACAUUCACAGAGGAAUGGGAGCAACAUCAGGCAGCUAAUGGGCUACAGAAUGGUGGCUGUCCGAUGGGAGAGAAAUGUUGCAAAAACUCAAAACAAAACGGAGAAGGCUGUAGCCAAGUGAAUGGUUCUGAAAAUGGUUAUACAAACGGAUCAGACAUCGUGGAAGACAGUUUAUUCAACCCGAGAGAGUUUGUUCCUUACGACCCAAGUCAAGAACCAAUCUUCCCUCCUGAGUUAAAGGUUUCGGACACAUUGGACAACCAGUAUUUGGUGGUCCAGGGUCCCAGAGUGACUUGGUACAGACCAACUAAUCUCAGCGAACUGCUGGAGCUGAAAGCUAAAUACCCGGCGGCUAAGAUUGUCAAUGGAAACACUGAGAUUGGGGUGGAGGUUAAGUUCAAGAACUGUCUGUACCCUGUGCUGAUCCAGCCUAGUCUGGUGAUGGAGAUGUCAGAGAUGAGACAGAGUGAUUCAGGACUGUGGGUCGGCGCUAGUGUCACACUCAGCAACCUAGAGACAACUCUACGCGGACACAUCACUGAUCUACCAGAAUACAAGACAAGAGUAUUUCAAGCAAUUGUUGAAAUGCUGCACUGGUUUGCUGGAAAACAAAUUCGAAAUGUGGCGGCUGUAGGAGGAAAUAUAAUGACAGGGAGUCCCAUUUCUGAUCUCAACCCAAUUUUCAUGGCUGCCGGAUGCGAACUGGAACUAGUUAGCCAAGGAGGCAAAAGAGUCGUCCAGUUGAAUAGCUCAUUCUGGACUGGAUACAGGAGAAACAUUGUUAAACCUGAGGAGAUCUUACUGGCCAUCCACAUACCAUUCACUACUGAGAACCAGUACUUUGCAGCCUACAAGCAGGCCAAGAGGAGAGAAGACGACAUUGCUGUUGUCAACGCAGCUUUCAAUCUCCAGCUGACCUCCCAGAGUCAUGUUGUAGACAUGGAGAUGGCUUUUGGUGGAAUGGCUCCAACCACAGUGUCUGCUCCCAAUACUGCCGCUGCCUUGAAGGACAAGCCCUGGACCUCUGCCACUAUAGAAGCAGCAUUCUCUACCCUCAUGACAGAACUGUCCCUAGACCCAGGAGCCCCUGGUGGUCUUGUGUCUUAUAGAUGUUCCCUGACUCUCAGCUUACUCUUCAAGUUUUACCUGAAAGUAACUCAGAAAUUGGAAAGUAAGAAUGUCGCUGUAGAAAAACUGCCGGACUCUUACAAAAGCGCCAUCAAUGGAUUUGAAAGUGUUCAUCCAAAGAGUUCUCAAUACUUUCAAUUGGUUCCUUCAACUCAAUCCAAGACAGACUUGGUUGGCCGUCCAAUCGUACACAGAUCAGCGUUCAAGCAAGCAACAGGUGAGGCGAUCUACUGUGAUGACAUGCCUCUCUGGCAAGACCAAGUAUAUCUGGCCCUGGUGUUCAGCAGCAGAGCACAUGCCAAGAUACUCAGCAUAGAUCCAUCAGCAGCUCUUGCACUUCCGGGUGUCCAUGCUUUCUACUGCUCUGAUGAUCUGCCUGCCAAAAACAAUCACUUUGGGCCCAUUGCCAAGGAUGAUUUUGUUUUCGCUGAUAAGGAGGUAAUGUGUGUAGGUCAGGUGGUAGGUGCCGUAGUGGCAGAUACACAACAGCUGGCUCAGAGAGCUGCUAAACUGGUCAAGGUGGAAUAUGAGGAUCUUCAGCCAGUCAUCAUCACAAUUGAGGAUGCCAUCCGUGAGAACUCGUACUUCUCUCCUGCCCCGAUGAAGUUGCGCUACGGUGACGUAGACGCAGCCUUCGCAACAGCUGAUCACAUCCUGGAGGGAGAGGUGAGACUUGGAGCUCAGGAACAGUUCUAUCUGGAGACUCAGGCUUGUAUCGUCAUACCCAAGGGAGAAGACGACGAGAUGGAGAUUAUAUCCUCCACACAGCAUCCUACUGAAAUACAGGGAGAAGUUGCCAAUAUGCUCGGAGUGACUAGCAACAAAAUAGUGGUCAAAGUGAAGAGGAUCGGAGGAGGGUUUGGUGGCAAAGAGUCAAGAAGCUCCAUGAUUGCUCUACCUUGUGCUUUGGCUGCCACUAAAUUGGGCAAACCAGUGCGCUGCAUGCUAGACAGAGAUGAAGACAUGAUCUCUACGGGACAGAGACAUCCGUUCUUGGGCCGCUACAAAGUUGCAUUCACUUCUCAAGGGAAGAUUACAGCUUGUGAAAUCAAGCUUUACUGCAACGCUGGAAUGUCUUACGAUCUGUCCAUGGCUGUUAUGGGACGUGCGAUGAUGCAUUUCCAGAACGCAUACCACAUUCCCAACGUGAUGGUUUACGGUUACGUGUGCAAGACCAACCUCGUAACCAACACUGCCUUCCGAGGGUUUGGAGGACCUCAGGGGAUGUUCAUUGGGGAGACUAUGAUGAGACAAGUGGCUGCCUAUCUCAACAAGGACCCUUUCCAAAUCUGCAGCUUGAACCUGUACAAAGAAGGUGACCGUACCCACUACACACAGGAGCUCAAGUAUUGUACACUGGACAGGUGUUGGUCAGAGGUUGUGAAUGACUCGGACUAUAACAGACGGAAAGCCGAAGUUGAAAAGUUCAACAAGGAGAACCGAUGGAAGAAACGAGGAAUCGCUGUUGUACCGACUAUGUUCGGUGUUGCGUACACUGAGCAGUUCCUCAACCAAUCAGGAGCUCUGGUUAUGAUCUACACUGAUGGCUCAGUGUUGUUGUCUCAUGGAGGCAUGGAGAUGGGUCAAGGACUUCACACAAAGAUGAUCCAGGUAGCCAGUAGAGCCCUUGGUAUCCCUGCGUCUCUGAUCCACAUCUCAGAAACUUCCACAGACAAAGUUCCCAACACAGGAGCUACUGCAGCCAGUUCUGGAUCCGAUCUCAACGGAAUGGCUAUCAUCGAUGCUUGUAACAAGUUGAAUGAGAGACUCAAGCCUUACAAAGCUGCCAAGCCUGAGGGACAAUGGAAGGAUUGGGUGUUGUCUGCUUGGUUUGACAGAGUCAGUCUGGCAGCCACGGGAUUCUACAGUACACCCGACAUCAAGUAUGACUUUGAGAAGAACGAAGGAUUGGCUUUCAACUACAUGGCGUAUGGAGCCGGGGUGUCUGAGGUUGAGAUUGACUGUUUGACUGGAGAUCACAUUGUAUUACGCACAGACUUGGUGAUGGAUGUAGGUGAGAGUCUGAACCCAGCCAUAGACGUCGGACAAGUGGAAGGUGCUUUCAUGCAGGGCUACGGACUGUUCACCAUAGAGGAGACAGUUCACUCACCCCAAGGAGCUCUGUUGUCCCGAGGGCCUGGAGCCUACAAGAUACCCGGCUUUGGUGAUAUUCCUGCAGAGUUCAACGUGGCACUGCUUAAAGGAGCUCCCAACCCACGCGCUGUGUAUUCAUCAAAGGCAGUGGGAGAGCCCCCUCUAUUCCUGGCGUCGUCUGUGUUCUUCGCCAUUCGGGAGGCAGUGGCAGCAGCCAGGGCGGAGGUUGGUUUCCAGGGAUACUUCCGUCUGGACUCUCCCGCCACUGCUGCCCGGAUACGCAUGUCCUGUGCCGACCACAUUGCUCAGAAGUUUCCUGACGCUCCCGAAGGAAAGUACAAACCUUGGAAUGUGAUUUUGUAAACUCUGCUACAAAACAAGGAGAAUGACGGAUCUGAGACCUUAGAACGGAGCUAACACACAUUAGUGUUAAUGGUAUACAGGGUAUUGUUAGGUUUAGUUUUAAAGAGGUGGUCUGAGGUGUUUCUAAUGUACUAUCUAAAAAAAUUAUAGAUUAUCCCGAUUCCAAGAACUGUAUACAGGUUUUAACUAAAUGGUAUGUGCUUCUAGGCCUGUGGGUUUAUGAAAAAUGUAUACCUUUAGAAAGAAUAUUUUUCUCAUUUUACUAUGAUUAAUUAGGUAAAAUCAACUAAGUAAAUUUAAAAACCCAGAAAACUUAGGUAUCUUAACAAUAAUGAGAAAUAGCCCUAAGAGAUGUGCAUAUCGAAUAUUGGAAUGAGUUACUUAAGAAAAAUGUCUUAAAAGAUAAUCAUUUUGAUAUAAAUGUAACGUUCAAGUUUCAAUAUAAAAGGUCAUAGGAAUUUUUUUCUUGGGAUGGAUUUCUCCAAGUUCUUUUACAUGAGGCCUAAGAACAAGAACAAAAUUCAUUACAUGACUUCUUAGAAACCAGUUCUUUAUCUUUAGUGUAAAACCAGUGAGACAUUUGAUCAAAACUUAGCUUUAUAACACUGUACAUAAUCUCCAAGGUUGCCUAAUGCCUUACUGGUAACUGUCUCAAACACUUGAUCAAAUUAAGCUAGUUGGAUUUUUUAAGUCAAUUAGGACUUAUACAAACACUAUACCUUAAUGGUACCACCUAUAACUCCUAUUAAAUCAUCUUAGAAGCAUGAUUUUAAUUUUGAAAAUUGAACUAUAGCUUUCACUAAUUUAAUUAUAUUAAAUUUGAGUACAAAGAAAUUAUAAAGAGUUUUAUGAUAUUACAUAUGAGUACAAAGAAAUUAUGAAGAGCUUUAUAGCUAUUACCUUACAAGUGUAGUAAGAGCGUUUUUACAUCACGUAGGUGAAUGUUGUGCAACGAGUGGAAGCGAGUUGCAUAAUUCACCUAAGUGAUGUAAACACGCUCUUGCGUAACGUGUAACGUACAAGAUUUUACCUGACCCGACAAUAUACAACAGGGGGUUACGUACAAUAUUUUUCAUUUUCCAUUUCACUCAUCUUCUAACAGUAACGUUCGCCAAACAAAACCUAGGUUAGGAAAAUUCUUUAAAGCAUAACAAUAAAAUUCAAGCGCACAGCUGAUUUCUAGCGUUAAUCGUCGUUGGCUCCAUAGAGGUAUAUUUUUUUAAGUUGAGCACUCAAUGUUAUUUAAAUGGGUUUCAUUACUUUACCGAGUGAGUUUUUGAAACUUUACUUCACUCGUGAAGUAAAGAAAUUGUAUACAUCACGCUUGGGAUAGGGAAGUUUAACAUGGCGGGUUAGGUAAAAUAUAUUUAUAUCAAUCUUUGUUUCAAUAAAUAUUCCCAACAAUAAAAACCGCUUUAAUUUCAUGUGUUAUUUUAUGUCAUGUUGGUAUAAGAUUGUAAUAUUAUUACCAGUUUUGUAUGAUAUUGUGUAUGUAAGAUUAUGUUUUAUACCAGGUAUAUUUGAAUGAAAUUAAUUUUUAGGGAAUUUUAUAGAUUUAAUGUUUAACUUUUUGUACAAACAGUGUUGAUAUUUUUUCUAUUAUAUGUGCUGUAAUUUUUGUCUUUCAAUAUUUAAAAAAAAUGGGUAUAACUCAAAAAGCCUAUACUCAUCUGAAAGAAUUUAGUACUCUAAGAGUAAAAUAAUCGGACUAUUUAAUGAUAUUUUUAUAGAAGUUUUUUAUUGUUAUUAAUGUGUUUCAAAAAUGAAAAUAUAUGUGUAAUCUAUGAGUGGAUACUGUUCCAGUUUAUUAAUCUAAAUAUUGACAAGUAUGUUUUUUGUUGUCAUAAAGAUUAUUAUGUAUGCAAUAUUUAACAUGUUAUUUUUAAUAAUAAAA